AUGAAUCGUUAUAACGCAUAUAUGGAAAAUUUGCGAAGAAGCAAAAAUCUCGCACUAGAUUUAAUAGAUGAUACCAAAGAUAUAAUAGAAGAAGAUCAAACUCCUAUUAAAAAUAUAAGAUUAAGGACUCCUUCAGACGAUUUAGAUUUAAGUUUACCUAGCACCAGUAAAGAAAAACCAACAGAAUAUGUGAAAUAUGGUAAAAUAACGUUUAACACAACAGCUAUUCUUCAUCAUUAUCCUCAAAUGAACAAUACCGAGAAUCACUUACAUCACACAAAGAGGCAUAGUAAAGAUAAAGUUAAAAUAGAUAAUAAUAAUGUAUCGAAACCUCAGAAAGUAGAAACUAAAGUAACUAUAAACGAUGAUAGUAAUUGUAAUAAUAAUGAGUCUAUAAUUAGAAUUAAUAGUGUUAAUAAUAUAGAGAGUGUAUCAAAGCCGGUUAAGUUUACUGAAGAAAAACUAGUAUGA